AUGUCUGGCUCCGGUGGCUUCGCCGUGUCUCGAGCUCACGGCGGAGACCGAUUCUACAACCCGCCGGCACUUCGGCGGCACCGGCAGUUUUUGCAACAGCAGCAGCAUUUGAAGAGGCAGCAGCGACAGCAGCUUCAGAGGCCGGUGAAGUCGGAGGCAGCGCCGCUGGAGGCGGGGAGUCGUGCCGACUGGGACGAUUUGGCAACGACAUUGUCGAAGCAUCGUUCAGUAUGCUCUUCUUCUUCUUCUCCCAGGCCUCAGACGGAUUUGACUAACUUGGAUCGACUAAUGGAAUCGGUUAGUCCGUCGGUUCGCGCUCAGUACUUGUCCGAGGUGAUGGUACGGGAAUGUAGAGCUCAGGAAUCCGAUAUACAUCCUUACUAUUGCCUUGAGGAUCUUUGGGAGUCUUUCAGAGAGUCGAGUGCAUAUGGGGUGGGAGUCCCUUUGGUGUUGAAUGGGAAAGAUUCAAUUGUGCAGUAUUACGUUCCAUUCUUGUCCGGUAUACAGCUGUAUGUGGAAUCGCUGAAGUCUCCUUCAAGGCUCAGGUGA